AUGGGGGCUUUGUCUGUCAAACUAUCACCAGAAGAAAUGGAUGAACUCGAAUUAAUCGCCACUGUAGAUGCUGUAAAGGGCAACAGAUAUGACGGUUCUAUGCAAAUUUGUUUUCCCAAAGCUACUUUAAGGGUUCAUUUGUUGCCUGUGACGAUUUUUGCUUCGACGCUCAUCUGUUCCCCUACAAAAUUUGCUGGGCUAUUAGUCAGCUCUUUGGAUAUUGAAAGUGCCCACCAAAAUCUUUUUCAUCGUGAUGCCCAUAUUGGCUUUCAUUACGAAGAUUCCUCCACAAUUGCCUCAUCGUCUUCUGGACCAAGUUUACGAUCAAAAAGUCAUGGAACUGAACAUGCAAAUAUUAUUACUCCUUUGUCUUCAGACAAUUUGUCUUCUCUGAGCGUUUGGCACGUUCAUCAAAGAAAAAACCCCUCCUUUACAUCAUGUUGUGCUAAUGGCAAAAUCCAAUUGCCUACUGCUCCUAACACACCUCAAUUUCUAGAUGAUCUUUUAAAUCCUGACAAAGGUUCAUUGUCCAUCAAAUUCCGGCAUAACAUUCGUGCUUAUAAUUCAAUGUUUGCUUUCACUUCAAUGGGAGCGCAGAUUGAUCAUACUGUCAAUUCUCAACCAGGGCCAUAUAUAUUUAAAAUAAAUGGACAAUGUCAUCAUCUUAUGGGAUCAUUAGUACCAAUUGAUGCUGAAUCACCAAGAUUUGCACAACUAUACAUCUUUGACACAGACAAUGAAAUUGCUAAUCGACUACACCCUUUUAAUAAUGAUAAUUGUCAAUCAUCUUUAGAUGAAAAUGUUGUCAACAAACUUAUUGACAUGCUUGAUUCUUCCAAUGCAUUGGUUAAAUUGUUUCGUCAAGUUAGACAUAGACUUAACAAUGAUGAAUUCCCGAAUUUCAAACUUCGUUUAAUUGGUAAAAGAGAUGGUGACUCAAAGCAAUAUGAUGAUCCUUCCUCUAAUGAUGUAUGUGGUUUAAUUGUUGGCGAUAUUGGAGAAUCACAAACUGAUAGAGAUAUUAUUAUUGAAGGUUAUUCUAGAAAUCUCCGCAGGAUCUCUAAAUUGCAUCCAAAAUUUAUGUCUCUUCAGUAUCCACUCUUAUUUCCUUAUGGUGAAGAUGGUUAUCAUACUGACAUUUUAUUCACAAAUCAAGAGCAUUAUACUCCUUCAAAACGUCAAAAAGUUACAAUGCGAGCAUAUUAUGCUUAUGUCAUUCAAGAAAAAUUAGGAGAUAGUAGUACACUUACCAAAGGCGGAAGACUUUAUCAACAAUUUUUAGUUGAUGCAUUUAUGAAUGUUGAACAAGAACGCCUUGAUUUCAUUCGCUCAAACCAAGAAAAUCUGAGAACUGAAUCUUAUAAAGGUGUCCAAGACGCAGUUUUAAGAGGUGAUGUUAAUGGUUCAAAUGUUUGUGCUAUUGAAUUCCAAAAAAGAGGCUUGCCGCACACUCAUUUAUUGAUUUGGCUAGCUUCUGAAUACAAAUUUCGAUCACCUCAGGAUGUCGAUUCAGUUAUUUCGGCUGAACUGCCAAACAGAGCAGAUGAUCCUCAUUGCUAUGCAAUUGUUUUAAAAUUUAUGCUGCAUGGUCCAUGCGGAAUUGCUAGCCCAAAAGCCCAAUGUAUGAAGGGAAAUCAAUGUUCAAAAAAAUUCCCUAAAAAGUUUAAGCAAUCAACGGUUUUCGGUGAAAAUGGCUUUGUGUUUUACAAGCGACGAAAUUUCCCUGCGUCAUUUGUUAUGAAAAAUGGAAUUGCUCUCUCUAAUUCCUAUGUUGUCCCAUACAACAAAGAGCUUCUAAUCCGUUAUAAUGCUCAUGUUAAUGUUGAAAUUUGUUGCCAAUCAAUGCUCAUAAAAUAUCUUUUCAAAUAUGUUAGCAAAGGAUCUGAUAGGUGUCGAGCUGUUAUUCAAGGUCAAACAAACGAUGAGAUUCAGGCUUAUCUUAAUUGUAGAUUUGUUUGUCCUUAUGAAGCUGUAUGGCGACUCUUACAAUUUCCAAUCCAUUCAAGAAACCCAGCAGUUGAAAGACUUCAAAUACAUUUGCCAAUGCAACAUUCUGUUGUUUUCUUUGGAAAUCAAAACUUAUCUUCUGUUUUAAGAAAAAAUGGUCUCAAUAAGACAAUGCUCACAGGAUGGUUUGAUCAGAACAAAGAAGAUGUUGAAGCAACACAGUUAUAUUACUCGCAAUUUCCAAACAAAUAUGUUUGGGAUGCUAGGCAGAAAGAAUGGAUUUACAGAACAAGAGGUUUUUCACUUGGACGUAUAACAUAUGUGCAUCCUGCUGCUGGCGAAUUGUAUUUCUUAAAGAUGCUUUUAAAUCAUGUUAAGGAGCUACAAGCUUUGAAUAUCUACGUUGUGUCUCUGGUAUUGUUUAUCCAACCUUUCAACUCGCCUGCAAAGCACUUGGUCUCCUUGAUGAUGGCAAAGAAUGGGCUGAAGCUUUUUCAGAAGCUGUUUUAA